AAGUACGAGUAAAUGUGAAACGCGAUUAUUUCCUACGAUUCUUAAAACUUUUGCGAUGUGUAAGCGCGCUCUUCACGUUCGGUCGGCUUGCGUCAUUCGCGCGCUAAAAUUCGAGUGUACAGGUAUUAGUGUGUAUUAGCGUGUGCGUGGUAUCAUAUUACUUUCUUAAAUACAAUCUCUCGCGGGAUAAGUACGAGAAAGUGUGAGACGUGAUUAAUUCCUACGAUUUUUAACGAUUCGAUACUUGAUUUUUGCGUGAUGUGCGCAACCCAAAACUCGAGUGAGCAGGUACAGUCGCCGCGUAUAUGUAUGUGUGUGUGUGUGUGGUGUCGUAUUACUUUUCCAAAUAUAAUCUCUCGCGCGAUAAAAACGAUCAAAUCUGAAACGCGUUUAUUUCCUAUGUUUUUUAAGGAUUCGAUUCGAUUUUUGCGACGUGUAAAUUUUAGAUUUUUGCGAUGUUUACAUUUGGUUGACUUGUAUUUUUAUUCCCGCGCCGAGACUCGGGUGAGUGUAAGUACAGUCGCUCUUCCUAAACGCGAUCGCAACGAGAAAUACGAGAAGUCAUCGAACGCGGAACUAUUCUCUACGAUUAUUAUAUAAUUAACGUCGUAUUUCACUGAUUAGUGCGCGUAAUUACCGUGUUUUCGCGAGUGAGUGCCAUGAGGGAGCAGAGCAAGGAAGAUCCGGGAAGGCAUCGGACGAUGACACGCAAACGUGAGAUCAACAUUAUCCAUUACUCCAUCGUUGCGCAUCGUACCGAUUCGUGCGUGUGUCAGCAAUGCCGCGCCCAUUUUCAUCCUGCCCGGUAAUUGUCAACAAUCGCCGGUGCCUCAGCAGCAACAGCAGCCGACUUUGCCGCAGGCGAUGGCGACGGGUUUUCCUCCUCCGACAGCAACGGCGUAUCCAUCGAGUGGAUUAACUUAUCCAGCCGCAUGUUAUCCGCCGCCACCAUCGUAUUAUCCCUAUCCCGUACCCGUGCCGUUUUACGAUCCGUCUGUUCGCGCGCGAGAUAUCGCGCCGAAUUGCGGAUGCUGCGGGCGAAGGGAUGUCGACUCGACGCAGAUCAGAAGCGUCGCGCGAACCAUCGGUUGUCGUUACGAUUCCGAUCUCGACGAGCAUCAUUGCGUGCCCACCACCGACGACACCAUCUGCGCAAAGAGAAGCUGUCCGUCCUCGCUGCAUCUUCAAGCAUUGGCAUCUCAAUUCCUCUCGAUGCAGGGUAUCAUCGCGUGCGCCGCCACGCGAUUGAUAUUACGUAAAGUGCCCGGCUCAAACGUAACCACCACCAUGGAGGAUACGAUGGCAAAGGCGCAGAAGGCUAUAAACGUUCUGACAAAGGAUCAGCUGUUAUCAGAGUCGAGAAAUGCGCAGCAAGUUAAUGCGCUCAUCAACUUGCACAUGACGGCCAAUCCGCCGCCCAAUAUUAUUCCGAUCCUCACUCUGGUACAGCUGAAAAUGAAUCUGCUGAAGGCACAGGUCGAGGGACUCGUCAAUCAAAAGAUUAUGGAAACUCAAGGCGUCGGUGUAGAGGUGGAAACCGAUCUUAUAGAUCCCACGGUUCUCGCUUUAAAGUCCGAUGCCGAGCUGCGAGACUUCCUAUCGAUAUUGCGACAAAAAGAAUGCGAUGAACGAGUGAACGUGAAUUUCGCACCCUAUCGCUCGCAGCGUGCGAUCGCGGAGACUCGGCUGAGCAAUAUUCAAAACAAGAUUCGUCAAGUGGAGGCCGAGUUCGACCGUAGACGAUGUGCGAUGUUUCCGGCGCCGACAUUGACAUCGCGCGUCGUGCAGGAAUUCUCCAGACCAUGUUACUCGGCGAGAUUCAGGGAUCCCAGGUUGUUGUACAGCACAUUACCGCCGGACAUACCCCGCUCGCCCGAUCCGUUCGUCUGCGUAAAACCGCGAAGUCCCAAGAGGCUGCUGUUGAAGCCUUGCGGAAAGAAGCCCGAAACGAAGUCGACGCAAGUCACUGCCCCUGUUCCGGCAACCAGCACGCCCGGUAAUCCGUCGAAGACCACGACGGACGACGGUGGUGUCGGUUCCACAAAGGAGCCUCCCGCGACAGCCGACCUUCAGCAAUCUUCCAGCACAGAGGACUGCCGCUGCGACAGGACGACAUCGGACGAGAGCGUCGAUGAGGCUAAAAAAAAACUCCGACCGAGGAUCGUCGAGAUAAACGCGAGUAACGUCGAGAAACCGUCGUCCUUGAUGAAGCUAACGUCGAACGUCUGCGUGAGAUACGGAGCGAAUGCGCGAAAAUGCGAUGGGAAAAGCGACGUGGAGACUCCAUGCGAAGCGAAACGUUGGAUGGCCAAAGCGUAUAUCAAUGUCGCCGACGAUGAAUCGGGGAGGACUUUAACGGGAUCGGAGAGCGACACGAUUACGCUCAGCGAGAAGAUCGAUGCAGAGGACGUUUGCGAACGUUUGCGAGAUGCGAUUGAGAUUCGAGGCUUGGGCCAAAUAAUGGAUCGGCAGGAAUUUACAAGUUCGGCGGAUCUGCGACAGUUUGAAAAACAAGCAGAGACUGCGAUCGCAAUUUCGAGAAAGAAUGAGGCAAUUAAGGAAUACGACAUUGAGACUAGGCGCUUGCAAGAUGUCUCGUCGCCGAAAGCUGAACGGACGGAGAUGAAAACCAUAACUAUUGCAGAAGUCACGGACGAUGAGCCAAUUUCGAGUGCGAUCGAGGAAACGGAGCGAAAAUCACCGAACGACUAUACUUCAUCGCUAGAAAUUACGUUAAAGUCGAAGAGAGACCGACACGAGGAUGAACAGAAAGAUAAAAACGACAAAAUCUUAUCCGCGAUUGAAACGAUGGAGCAGAGCGCAAAUCAAGUACCAAUAAGCAAAAGCAAGAAAAAAACGAGAUUUCACAUUGUUUCAUUGAUGACGAAUAUCGUAUAUAAUAACGAAAAUUGUAAAUAUCGAGGUAAGCGGAGAAUUGAUAAGAAAAUAGCAACAAGAGAGAUGAGUAUAACGAACGAACCGGAUAUUGAAAAAUUGGAUAAAUACAAUUCGAUAGAAAAUCUAAGAAAUGUUAUUGCGCACGAUAUUACUGGAAAAAAUUAUUCACAUAAUAUGUUUCUACGAAGACUUGAAGAUUUUUCAAAGUUCUGCGUCGAUCGUCAAUGUCAGACUACAUCUGUGAAAAAGACAACAACAUCCGCCUUUUUAUUAAGAGUAAAUCUCUUUCCUCCAUUCAAGAAUCUGCAUAAAUAUAUGGCAGAUAAUGAGAGAAACGGAAACGACAUAGGAGUUUAUCCAAGUCCGAUAACGAAAGCGGGAAUUACGGCUAGGAAACGUUUAUUCCACUGGAACGAUGUCGCAAAAAAUACCUCGGAAACUCGUCACAAGGAUAACGCGCGUUAUCCGCCUUCCAGUGUGGAAUGCGAAGAAAGUUUUGUUUCAGAAAUAUUUUCUGUUAUCGCCAAUCGCGUGAUUACAUUCGUUAAUAAAAUAAUUACAUUGAACGGAAGAUUGUCAUAUCCGAAUUGCGGUGCAAUAUUACGUAAAAGUGUAAACAUUGAUGCCUUACGAAGAAACGUUCCGAAAUGCAAUCACCCCGAUGUAAUCUUAAAAGAUCACGAUCCACUCGCAAGUAUCUUGCAUCGUCCUCUCGAUUCGAAUCGAGAAGCACCCGGUACCAGCAAACGUGAUAUUCGCGACGCGAGUUUAUUACGGGUUUCUACGGGAGAGGGAUACAACAGGAUGCGUAAAAUAAGACACUCUAUAAUCCAAGAUAAAGAAAACGAUAUGAAAUGUUUAUUGAUCGAUACAUCGAGUCGUGAUUGUAAUCUGACGCAGAUACGUAAUUUGGGACGUCCUUACAAGGUCCAGAGAACUCUCCUGAUACGCAGUCGAUUAAAAAAUCGUUUAAGUACGCAGAAUCAUCCACAUCCUUUUUCGCUUUUGAAACGCACUGGAAAAAAUAUAUCUCAAAAAUUCCAUCAAGUGAGACGUAACGAAAAUGUAGGAAUGAUCAAAGAAAGAAAAAUACGCAAAUUGAGGAGCAGCGAAAAAUUCUGGGCGUUAUCGAAAGUUAUAAAAACGCGUGAUAAAAUAUCAGAAAUGAGGGAAUGCGAUAUUAAAUUUAAACAAGUUUUACGCGAAUAUUCGCACGACGAUAUUAUGAAUAAUAACGCAUUUACUGUGCAAAAACACGCAAUUGUCGAUAAUAUCAUAGCUGACGAUGAAUUCGUGAUAAAUGUUCACGAUUAUUCCGGAUUUCAAACUGAAAUAAAUACGAAUAUGUACGAAAAUCCCAGCGUAUGUUUAUUAUUAUCUAAUAACUAAUAAGGGGAUUUAUACGGUAUAUUGUUGAUACCAACAAAUAAUUCGGAAUAUAAAAAUAUGUUAUUUACAAUCUCGCUGAUAAGGUUAAAUAAAAUACACAACUAUCGAGAGAGAGAGUACAAUACAACUUCGUUCCUUUAUUAAUAACUUUUAUUCUUUCGCCAGUGAUCUAUUCUCGUCGCUAUAGCCGUCUAAUGAGAAUCUUUAAAUUUGUGACGUAGUAAUAGUGUAUGACGAUAAAAUUUUCAAUGCGCUUUUCCAGAAUUAUGCUUAAUUCGAAUUUUUCUACAAAAUAAUGAGAGAAAGUAUUCGUCACAUAUUCCACGUACACUCGCAUCGAACCGACAUGUAAUCAUUACAACAUGAACAUUUGCAUAUGAAGUAUGGUUUUAAUUCUUUUGUGAUUUUUCGAUCUCUAAUUUAUUUAUUUAAUAUAUAUUAGAUUUCUUACAUUCCCUAAAAUCGAGCGCUUAUCAGUAGAAAAUGAACGAAUUUAACGCAUUGGUUGUUGUAAGAAAACUAAUAUCGCAAUAAUGAGAGAAAUCCUAUCGUAUUCACAUAUCAAAAUACACAAAACCAACGUCACAUGAUACUGCUUUAUAUAUGUAUAAUGAUUUUCAAUGAAUAACAAGAUAAUGCUUCACCAUAGAUCGAAAUAUCGAAGAUAAAAUGGAGUUACAAUUUAUACAAGUAAUGUGAAAUUCAUAUUUAUGUGUGGAAGAGUUAAUGUUUGCGCAAAUUGUAAAUACAUACAAAUAUCAAACUUUGCAAUGAAAAAGCAAUUCAAAAUAUUAGCCAGUUAGAGCCGUGUUAAUACACAUUAUUAAUACAUGUACUCUUCAAGUACAUACUGUAAUAUCAAAGUUACAAACGGACCAUAUGCUUAAGAUAAAUAUGCUCUAGAUCUCUUAUAGAACUACGUCUAACUGCAGACUGAAGAGACACUUGUGGAAGAAAGAUCGAACCUAUUAUUGUGAAGUAUUUAUUCAGUCACGACAAUCUCUGCUUUUAUUAUGAAAGAUCUCGUUUUAAAAGGAACUGAGCGACAUCUCCAUCGUCACUUUUCAAAGUUCAACAAAUCAUCGCGUAAUACAGUGUCAAUUUAAUACACAGUAUUUUACGAUUGUUGCAUAUACAUAUAUAUUAGAUAUCUCGAUAUUUAUAUAUAAUUAAUGAAAAAUUUAUUAAUUUUUGUUGUAAUUAUGUGACAUAUACAAGAAUUUAAUAUCUACAAUUUUACAGAUUUCUUGUCACUCGCGCGUGAUAUCUUAAAGAAUAAAUAUUUGAUCUUCUCUGUAGCUCUUAUAGCUACUAUUUAGCGAGAUACGGCCGUCAAACAUUCACGAAAUUAGUCCGUUAUUAUUGUUGGCAGAAUCUUUUAUGAAAAAUGUGUAUGUGUAUGUGUAAAUGAAAGAGAGAUAGAUUACAAAAAACAAUGAUAUUGAAAACAAUAUAUAUACUUGAUAUAUAAAAUUUUUUCUCAAUAAAGUGAUAAUUAUUUUUUGGCGUGGUGCAACAAUUGCAUAUGGACAUUCGUUCAUAAUACGUGUGUUAGUCUUAAACCUAAAAAAAAAAAAGAAAAAAUUUUUUGUUAAA